CUCGAUUGUCAUUGUUUGUACACAUCUCCCUCAUCGUGACACCCAGCGAGCCGACCCCUCGCUUCACAUCUUCGGCAACCGCAGCUCCCAGAACGCUCCGACGUGCAUCUGGUCUCCGCUCGACCGCCCGUCGAUCCAAAAGCGCUGCGACAAGGCGCGCGUAGGCCGGCUUGCAAUCACCCGCGUGUUCUCCUUCUUGCCGCUCCAUCACGUCUUCCUUCCUUCCACCCACAUCCACUCUCGCUUUCUCCUUCAUUGCUCCUAGGUUGCACGUGCGCGCGUGACCCGACACUUGACGGCCCAGCAUGGAUGCAGGAACUGCUGCCGACGGCUACGAGUACAACCCCGAGUACCAGUAUGAGGAGGGGGCAGAGUACGCGGAGGAGUCCGACUCCAUCGCGCAGGAGGACUACUGGAAGGUGAUCAACUCGUUCUUCGACGAGAAGGGUCUGGUGCGCCAACAGCUUGAAUCGUUCAAUGAGUUCGUUGAGAACACCAUGCAGGAGCUCGUCGACGAGAGUUCGAAGUUGACUCUCGACCAACAUACUCAGCACACUGGUGUUGCUGGCGACGAGACACGGCGUUAUGAGAUCCAGUUCGGGCAGAUCUAUCUAGCCAAGGUGGCGAUCACUGAAAUCGACGGUCAGACAGUCGGCAUGUUCCCCCAGGAGGCGCGCUCGCGUAACCUCACAUACGCAGCCCCUUUGUACGUCGACAUGAAGAAGUCGACCCUCACCGCGGGCAACGUCGACGACCCAAUCGAGGCCGACUGGCGUCCAGCAACGGACAUCAACGGCGUGAUGCAGGAGACGGAGGAAGACAAGAUCUGGAUUGGCAAGGUCCCCGUCAUGGUCCGGUCCAACUUCUGUCUUCUCCACGGCCUGCCCGAGGACAACUACUACCAGCUUGGCGAGUGCCCAUACGACCAGGGUGGCUACUUCAUCAUCAAUGGUUCCGAGAAGGUCCUUAUUGCCCAGGAGCGCAUGGCGGCCAACCAUGUCUACGUCUUCAAGAAGGGUGACCCUUCCGCCAUCACCUUUUUCUCCGAGGUGACGAGUCAGAUGGAGAAGGGCGGCAAGAUGCCGUCCAAGACCGUUGUACGGAUGUACGCGCGUGCGGCGGAGCGCACGACCACGGGUUCGGUCAUCCGCGCGUCCUUGCCGUAUACCAAGGUUGACAUUCCCAUCGUCAUCAUCUUUCGCGCUCUCGGCAUUGUGCCGGACCGUGACGUUCUCUCCCACAUCUGCUUUGAUGGGAAUGACACACCUCUGCUCGAAAUGCUGCGGCCAUGUAUCGAGGAGGCGUUCGCCGUGCAGGACCGCGACACUGCGCUCGACUUCAUCGGUCGUCGUGGCCAGCAGGAGAAGGGCACGCGAGCACAGCGUCAACGCGCGGCGUUCGACAUUCUCCAGAAAGAGAUGUUGCCGCACGUGUCUGUCUCCGAGGGGUUCGAGUCAAAGAAGGCGUACUUCCUUGGGUACAUGAUUCACCGCCUGUGCUCAGCGGCCCUGGGGCGCAGGGAGCUCGACGACCGUGACCACUUCGGCAAGAAGCGUCUGGACUUGGCCGGGCCUCUGCUCGCCAAUCUCUUCCGCAUUCUGUUUAAGAAGCUCACGCGCGAUGUCUACCGCCACCUCCAGAAGUGUGUCGAAACGCACAAGGAGUUCACCCUCAUCCAGGCAAUCAAGCCUGGCAUCAUCACCAACGGUCUCAAGUAUUCGCUCGCCACGGGCAACUGGGGUGACCAGGCCAAGGCCAUGCAGGCACGUGCUGGUGUGUCGCAAGUGCUGAACCGCUACACCUUCGCGUCGACGCUCUCCCACUUGCGCCGCACCAACACUCCUAUCGGACGUGACGGCAAGAUUGCCAAGCCACGCCAGCUGCACAACACGCAUUGGGGAAUGGUUUGCCCUGCUGAGACACCAGAAGGACAGGCUUGUGGCCUUGUCAAGAACCUCGCCCUGAUGUCCUACAUCUCCGUUGGCUCCUACUCGGCGCCGGUUAUGGAGUUCCUCGAGGAAUGGGGUCUCGAGGACCAGGGCGAGUACGGCAACGCGCCAUCAGCGACCAAGGUGUUUGUCAACGGUGUGUGGAUGGGCAUCCACAGAGACGCCUAUACCCUCCACCAAAACCUCCUGCAGAUGCGCCGCGGCGGCCAGCUGAAGCACGAGGUCUCGAUCGUGCGUGACAUCCGUGAGCGCGAGCUGCGCCUUUACUCGGACGCAGGCCGUGUGUGCCGUCCGCUCUUUAUCGUCAACGAGGAUACGCAGACAUUGCGGCUGAAGCGCGAGCAUAUUGACCGCCUGGACGCGAUUGCCGAUGGUGCUGUGGAGCUGCAGCAGGGACAAUCGGCGUGGGAUGAGCUGCUGUCGGAGGGCAUUGUCGAGUAUGUCGACGCUGAGGAGGAGGAGACUAUUCUCAUUGCCAUGACGCACGAGGAUCUCGACAAUGCGCAGCAGUUCGAAAGCCGUGAGGAGGUUGCCAAGGCGCAGGCGGCGCACAACCUCGAGGCGUUUGACCCGUCAGCACGUAUUAAGUCGAGCAACUGGUCGCAGAACUACACACACAUGGAGAUUCACCCAAGUAUGAUUCUCGGUGUUUGUGCGUCGAUCAUUCCAUUCCCCGACCACAACCAAUCGCCGCGUAACACGUAUCAGUCGGCCAUGGGCAAGCAGGCAAUGGGCAUCUACCUCACCAAUUACCAGUUGCGCAUGGACACGAUGGCCAACAUCCUGUACUACCCGCAGUCGCCACUUGCUACGACGCAAUCGAUGAAGUAUCUCCGCUUCUCCGAACUACCGGCCGGCCAGAAUGCCAUUGUCGCCAUUCUUUGCUACUCGGGCUACAACCAGGAAGACUCGGUCAUUAUGAACCAGUCGUCGAUUGACCGCGGUCUUUUCCGCUCGCUCUACUACCGUGCGUACACCGACACGGAAAAGAUGGUCGGCAUGCAGAAGGUGGAGGCGUUUGAGAAACCGGAUCGCAACGAGACAUUGCGCAUGAAGUCCGGGCCUAGCGACCGCUACGCGAAGCUUGACGCCGACGGUUUGAUCACGCCUGCGACCAACGUAAACGGCGACGAUAUUAUUAUCGGCAAGACGGCGCCAAUUCCACCAGACUCUGAGGAGCUGGGUCAGCGUUCGGCGACGCACACGAAGCGUGACGUUUCGACGCCGAUGAAGUCAACGGAGCAGGGUGUGGUCGACCAGGUGAUGAUUACGACAAACGGCGAGGGCCUCAAGUUUGUCAAGAUUCGUAUCCGCUCCACGCGUGUGCCGCAGAUUGGUGACAAGUUUGCGUCGCGUCACGGUCAGAAGGGUACUAUUGGUAUCACCUAUCGCCAGGAGGACAUGCCGUUUACUGCUGAGGGCAUUGUGCCCGACCUCAUUAUCAACCCACACGCCAUUCCGUCGCGUAUGACUAUCGGGCACUUGGUCGAGUGUUUGUUGUCCAAGCUUGCGACGCUCACUGGACGUGAAGGUGACGCUACGCCGUUCACGGAACUCACGGUCGAAUCCGUGUCCAAGUUCUUGCGGCAACGUGGCUACCAGUCUCGCGGUCUAGAGGUCAUGUACCACGGUCACACUGGGCGCAAGUUGCGCGCGCAGGUAUACUUUGGUCCGACUUAUUACCAGCGUCUUAAGCACAUGGUGGACGACAAAAUUCACGCGCGUGCUCGUGGGCCACUGCAGAUCCUCACGCGUCAGCCCGUUGAGGGUCGCUCGCGUGACGGUGGUCUCCGAUUUGGCGAGAUGGAAAGGGACUGCAUGAUAUCGCACGGCAUUGCUGGAUUCCUCAAGGAGCGAAUGUACGAGUCGUCCGACGCGUUCCGACUGCACGUGUGCGACCAGUGCGGAUUGAUGGCAAUUGCCAACUUGAAGAAGCAGGAGUUCCACUGCACGGUCUGCCGCAACAGCACGCAGGUGUCACAGAUCUACAUCCCCUACGCGGCCAAGCUUCUAUUCCAGGAGCUCCAGGCUAUGAACGUUACGGUGCGGAUGUACUCUGACGCGGACAACGAGUAGAUGGUGAGGGGUGGAGGAGUGGAGUCGGGACUCGGGGUCGGACGAGGCCGAAGCCAACUGGGGAUGACGGAAGACGGAUGAGGAACGACCAGGCCCCGGCUCGGCCGUGGAGUGCCGGUGGAGUGAGCUUGGGCUGGUCGAGAUUAUUGUAGGCAUUGACACAUUUCUGCAUAUGGUACGGAAGAGGGCGGG